UCUUAAAUCCUACUUCCGCAAAAAUAAAAAAACACGUGAAAUUCAACCAAAAAUGAGUUUCAAGGAGUAUAAAACAAACAUUGAAGAAAAUGACACUGCUAUAUUGUAUCUUGGGUUUGACAACAUGCAUGCUAUUAAAGUUGUCAAGGGACAGACGUUUCAAACGAAAUUUGGAGCCUUACGCUUGUCAAACUUGAUAGGAAAACCUUAUGGAAGUAGAAUACAAUGUCCAAAAGGAUAUCUGUAUGUUCUGUACCCAACCCCAGAAUUGUGGACCCAGAAUUUACCUCACAGAACACAAAUUUUAUACUCUACUGAUAUCAGUUUAGUAACAUUACAGCUAGAUCUGAAACCAGGAUCAGUGGUAGUCGAAUCAGGAACUGGCAGUGGAUCUUUGUCACAUGCCAUCAUCAGAACGGUGGCACCUGAGGGACAUUUAUACACAUUUGAAUUUCAUGAACAGAGAGCACAGAUAGCUAAAGAAGAGUUUGUUGAACAUGGUGUUAGUGAUUUUGUUACUGUUACCCAUAAAGAUGUAUGCCAGGAUGGAUUUGGAUUGAAUGGUAUAGCUGAUGCUGUUUUCCUUGACUUACCAAGACCAUGGGAUGCAAUAACUAGUGCUAAGCAAGCUCUCAAAAGAGAAGGUGGAAGACUAUGUUCCUUUUCUCCUUGUAUAGAACAAGUACAGAAAACAUGUGAAAUACUACAGCAACUGGGGUUUGAAGAUAUAACAUCUAUGGAAUGUUUAGUGAAAAAUUAUGAUGUUAGAACUGUUAAUCUUCCUAUUGCUGAUUUAGGUAAAAAUUCAACUUUAUCAAAUACAGCAUCAGAAGAAAAGAAAGCAUGCAAAGAGAUUGAAGAAAAGGCAGAUUCAGUGAAAAUACAGAAUGAAACUGAGGACUUAGAGACUAAAGAACCAAUGGACACAGACAUUAAAGAAAAGUUAACAUCAAAAGACAAAGACAAGUCUAACAAGGCAGUUGAUAAAAGCAAACUAAGAACUGAUUUUGAUUUGAUAGGAAAGAAAGAACAAUAUAGCUUCUUUUUUAAGACAGGGGUAUUUCCUCAGAAUAUGCCAGGGCAUACUGGAUAUUUGACUUUCUGUACAUUAUAUCCAUCAUAAUAAAAAUAAAAAUUCGUUUUCAACAACA